GUGGUACAGUUCACUUUCCUGGAGCUUUGUACUUAGUUCCCAAACAGACCCGAUAUCAUGAAUCCUCUUUCGUUCCGAGGUGCAUCCGUGCUGGUCCUGGUGUGCGUAGUGUCCGCCGCGCCGCAAGGAUACGGUUCCGGAGGCGACGGCGGGCUGGGAGUCGAUCUCGGCGGCGCAGGAGGCCACGGCGGCAGCGGCGUUGGAGGCGGCAGUGUGCUUCCUGGUGUCUUCCUCGGUACUGGCGUGCUUCCUGAAAGCGCCUUUGGUGGCGUAGCUGGAGGUGUCUCCGGUGGCGCUGCUGGAGGUGUCAUCGGUGAGGAAUACAGCGCACCAAGUGCCGGGGCUGCGGGAGGCUUUGACGCUGGCUUCGCUGGAGGCUUCGACACUGGAGUCGCUGGAGGCUUCGACACUGGGGUCGCUGGAGGCUUCGACACUGGAGUCGCUGGAGGCUUCGACACCGGGGUCGCUGGAGGCUUCGACACUGGGGUCGCUGUAGGCUUCGACACUGGGGUCGCUGGAGGCUUCGACACUGGGAUCGCUGGAGGCUUCGACACUGGGGUCGCUGGAGGCUUCGACACUGGCGCCGUAUCCGACGAAUACAGCGCACCAGGCGUCGACGCUGCUCCCGUUGGCGCAGUCGACACCGGCCUCGUUAGCAGCAACACCAUCCCUCUGGACGCCAUUCGCUCCCUCCCCGGCCAGGCCGCUCCCGCCGACGAGUAUGUAGGCCCUGCACACUAAGGCCUCCCUGCUGGCUAUGCUGUGAGCACUCAUGAGCCAAAGGAUGUAUAAAUUUUAUAAAAUACAUAUAUAUUUUAUUU